AUGUGUAACUCUCUUCAUGCAGGGCUCUCUCAUCUGGUGAGAACACAGCAGGUUGUCACAGCAACCCUGGGAGAAGAUGCAGUCUUAACCUGUGAGCUCAUGACACCCAAAGACGUGCUGCAAGUCACCUGGGAAAAAAAUGACACGGAAAAAAACAUUGGCUCCUAUAGCAACCGAUUUGGACCAGUAGUCAACCCACCUUUUCAGAGGAACGUGGAGUUUGAAGACGAGGGUCUGCAGAACUGCUCUAUCGUCAUCAGAGGAGUGUCAAGAGGAGACGAGUCCUGCUACAAGUGUCUGUUUAACACCUUUCCAGAUGGACCAGUCAGUGGAACCACCUGCCUCCAUGUAAAUGAGCUGUAUGAACCCUCACUCCUCAUCACACAAACCAACAACAGUCACACCACUCUGUCCUGUUCUGCUACUGCACGACCUGUUCCUAUAAUUCCCUGGGACAACACAGACAUUCUAGAAAAUUCCACAAUGGCCAAUGUCACCCAUCUCAAUGGAACUGUCACUGUCACCAUAACUUUUACGCUGGCAGCAUUCAGUCUACCUGACAAAGACACCAGGGUUGGCUGUAUGGUGUCACUGUUCUCUGGAGGUGUCACCAAAAACGUAUCCAUGGUUAUUCCAGCUAGAACUCAAGCUUCAUUUCCUGGUGUACCUGAGGUCACUGAUGGUGACAGGAUCAGAGGGAUUGGUGCAGUGAUGAGUUCACUGUGUCUCAUUGCUGUGUGCUGUGGAACUGUGGCACUGUGGCGCAAACAGAGGCAUACAAUGAGAAGCCCAAAUCCCACAGCCCAUGAUGAGGAACCCUCAACCCUCAACAUGAUGACCCUGAAAUCCAGAGGUCUAAUCUAACACAUAUUCAAAUGAGUUGCAUUCCUGCAUCGUUGUUCUGAUGUUACUCAUGUCACUUACAUACUUCAUAAAACAAAUAUGUUAAU